CACGCUCCGGAACUCACUCCCAAACUUGCGUCUUCCCCUCCUUCCCGUGCAGUUCUGGCCCACUUUACCGUCCUUCAGGAUAGCGGUUGGUUAAUCGUACUUGUUCCCAGAAGGGGUCUAUGCUGUCUAAGGCGCUCGCCUAAAAUCCUUUUUUCUCCUGCUCGGAAGUCUUUGAGGACGCUUCCGGGUCACGCGGUGCUGAUGACCGGGAGUCAUGUGAUACCAAGAUGGCGGCUCCGCGGUAGCUGGCUGCGGGUUGUGGCGUCCGAGGACCCGCGACGGUUUCUACCCUCUGGCCGUGGGGGCGGCAACGCUUGCUGACCCCUGCGGCGGCCCGUAGCCCGUGUUAGGCACUCGAUCUGGGCGGGGGCUGUUGUUGUCCGGGUGGGUUCGGAGGAGUGUAGGUGAUCUCGCUGCAGGUAUCUUGCGCUGCCUGUGCUCGCCGGAGGAGGAGGAGAGCGACAAGCCACCUCUGUCAUCUGGGCCCACAGCUUUGGAGUUCAUGAAGCCUCUGGAGGAACUACACCUCUGAGGGGCUGCUGGAAUUCGAGUCCUCCGGAAAUAUGAUCAGCGCCCCUGAUGUGGUGGCCUUCACUAAAGAAGACGAGUACGAGGAAGAACCUUACAAUGAGCGGGCCCUGCCCGAGGAGUAUUCGGUGCCGCUCUUCCCCUUUGCCAGCCAGGGAGCCAACCCUUGGUCUAAACUGUCCGGGGCCAAGUUCUCGAGAGACUUCAUACUUAUUUCUGAGUUCUCUGAGCAGGUGGGACCCCAGCCUUUGCUAACCAUCCCCAAUGACACCAAAGUUUUUGGCACUUUUGAUCUCAAUUACUUCUCCCUUCGGAUCAUGUCUGUGGAUUACCAGGCUUCCUUUGUGGGCCAUCCUCCUGGUUCUGCCUACCCCAAGCUGAACUUCGUGGAGGAUUCCAAGGUAGUGCUGGGAGAUUCUAAGGAAGGGGCCUUUGCAUAUGUGCACCACCUUACCCUGUAUGACCUGGAGGCCCGUGGCUUUGUGAGACCCUUUUGCAUGGCUUAUAUAUCAGCAGACCAGCAUAAAAUUAUGCAGCAAUUCCAGGAGCUCUCAGCCGAAUUCUCAAAAGCAUCUGAGUGCUUGAAGACAGGCAACAGGAAGGCAUUUGCUGGGGAACUUGAAAAAAAGCUAAAAGACUUGGAUUACACUAGGACAGUGCUGCACACAGAAACAGAGAUCCAGAAGAAAGUCAACGACAAAGGCUUUUACUCAUCUCAGGCAAUUGAGAAAGCUAAUGAACUGGCCAGUGUGGAGAAGUCCAUUAUUGAACAUCAAGACUUGCUUAAGCAGAUCCGCUCAUACCCUCAUCGGAAGGUGAAGGGGUCUGAUUUGUUUCUUGAUGAGAUGGAGCAUACCCAGGAUGAGACCAACCAAGCACUCACUACCUCUAACCCUGAUGAGUCUGCUGACACAGACCUUUACACCUGCAGACCAGCUUACACUCCAAAACUCAUCAAAGCAAAGUCUACCAAGUGUUUUGACAAGAAGUUGAAGACCCUGGAGGAGCUCUGUGACACUGAGUAUUUCACCCAGACCCUGGCGCAGCUUAGCCACAUAGAGCACAUGUUCAGAGGAGACCUGUGCUAUCUACUGACCAGUCAGAUUGACAGAGCACUUCUAAAACAACAGCACAUAACAAACUUCCUCUUUGAAGACUUUGUGGAGGUUGAUGACAGGAUGGUGGAGAAACAAGAGAAUGAGCCCUCUCAGCCCAGUCAGGAUAAGCUGCCUUCCAGGUCUCUAGAAGAAUUUCCCAUUCCUAAAGUGUUAAUUAGUGUUGGUUCUUAUAAGUCCAGUGUGGAGUCUGUGUUGAUCAAGAUGGAGCAGGAAGUUGGAGAAGAGGAGUACAAAGAAGUGGAAGUGACAGAGUCAAGCAGUUUUGACCCCCAGGAAAACCUGGACUACCUGGAUAUGGAUAUGAAAGGGAGUAUCAGCAGUGGGGAAAGCAUUGAGGUUCUGGGCACAGAGAAGUCCACCUCUGUGCUGUCUAACUCUGACAGCCAGGCCAGUCUCACUGUGCCAUUGAGCCCCCAGGUGAUCCGGAGCAAGGCUGUCAGCCACAGGACCAUCAGUGAGGACAGUAUUGAAGUCCUGAGCACCUGUCCUUCUGAGGCCCUCAUCCCUGAUGACUUUAAGGCCAGCUACCCAAGUGCCAUUAAUGAAGAAUCCUAUGCAGAUAAUGAAGAGGCCAUCCGCUUUCUGGCAAGCAUCAGACCACCAGAACUGGGUGAUGCUCAGGAGGACAGCUUGGAAAACACUCCAUCACAAGCAGACUCCUCCUGCUGUAUUGGGAAGGACAGCGAAGGUCAACUGGUGUCACUGCCCACUGCAGCCCACACUCUUUCUGAUGAGGUUGGUGUGGUGAGCAUUCCCCCACAGCGCUACAGGCAGAAGGACCAGGAGUUCCUUGUGGAUUUUGUAGCAGAAAAUGCCAACCCUUCUUCCCGAGACAACAGUUGUGAAGUGCUCCCAGCUUAUGAGCUGGACCCAAACCGCCUGCUGGCUAGUCGGGAUGUCAGUAAGACCAGCCUGGACAACUACUCAGACACCAGCUACGUGAGCAGUCUAGCCUCCACCAGCUCAGACAGGAUCCCCUCUGCUCAUACUGCUGGUCAGUCUUCUGAGAGACAUAAAAAGAAGGCUGGCCUGAACGCCUUAAAAUUCAUUCGUCAGUACCCCUUUGCCCACCCGGCCAUCUACUCCCUGCUCAGUGGGAGGACACUUGUGGUCCUGGGGGAAGAUGAGACCAUAGUCAGGAAGCUUGUGACAGCCCUGUCAAUCUUUGUUCCCAACUAUGGCCGUUAUGCCAAGCCUGUGAAGCACUGGGUCUCCUCCCCUUUGCACAUUAUGGAUUUUCAGAAGUGGAAGCUUAUUGGCCUACAGAGAGUGGCCUCCCCUGCCAGCGCGGGCACCCUCCAUGCCCUGAGCCGCUAUAGCCGCUACACGAGCAUCCUAGACCUGGACAACAAAACCCUGCGCUGCCCACUGUACAGGGGCACACUGGUGCCCCGUCUGGCCGACCACCGCACGCAGAUCAAGCGGGGCAGCACCUACUAUCUGCAUGUCCAGAGCAUGCUCACCCAGCUCUGCUCCAAGGCUUUCCUCUACACCUUUUGCCACCACCUGCACCUGCCUGCCCAUGACAAGGAGACACAGGAAUUGGUGGCUAGCCGCCAGGCCAGCUUCCUGAAGUUGAACCUGGGCCUGGUGAAUGAGGAUGUCAGGGUUGUUCAGUACCUGGCUGAGCUUCUGAAGCUGUACUACAUGCAGGAGUCUCCUGGGACCAGCCACCACCUGCUCAGGUUUGACUAUGUCCCCAGCUUUUUGUACAAAAUCUGAGGUUGGUCCCAGCCACUGUGACUAAGACCUGUGACUCAGGGUACAGGGAGGGAGGGGUUGGCAUGACUAAAUGGUUGACUCUUGAACCUUCUGGUAUCAUCAGCAGAAAGGAAACAGGUAGCAUUCGUGGUUCCCAUGUGGCUCUGGGCAGCUUAUGAGGUGGGCUGAGUAGAGGUGGAGCCUGGUGCUCUGGAGGCAUCUGGAAGGACAGUAACAGCUGCCUUUGGCUUUCUGGUGGAGAGGAGGAGUCUUUGGCUUUCUGAGGACUGGCAACCUGGGCAGGAAGAGAAGGCCCCAAUACCUCGGAGAGGCUGGAAAAGGAGAAGGCUGGGGCAGCCAGUGCCUGGAUGGGAGGAUUGCAGUGGUCUCAUUAAACAUCACCGGACACGAGUGGCAAAAUCGGCCAAGGAAGCAGCCCAUUAGCAGUGAUGUGGAAAACAGGACAGAACAGCCAUUGCCUCAUCCAAUCCCACUGUGGGCCUCACUUGGCCUGGAGCCUUUCUUGCUAGGGGGCAAAGAGAUGAGGGAGGGAGCUCUGUCCAGCCAGAGAAUGGGAGGUGCAUGCUUGGAGCUCCAGAUUACACAAGUGGCCCCCUUGUCCUGUUCUUACCUCCACUGGGAAAGAGCCUGUGAGCAGCCAUGGAGGUCACUCAUGGUCAUCACUAGGCCAAAUUAUGAAGCAGGCCCCAGAUGACCACAGCCAGUGUGGGAACUGCCCUGGGAGCUGCAGACGGAGCAGGCUAUGAGUCCAUCACCACUGUGCAAGACAUGAGCCGCCAGCAGCUCUCCUGGGUCUGCCCCUUGGUUCUUCCCAGCCAGAGUACCUGAGCCCUGACUUCCCUGGAAAGAUCCACAGACACACUGGGAAGCAGCAGAGGUCAUACUCCACUUGCCACCUGCGGCAAACCUCUGCAACCAUUUUACUACCUCUCAUGGGGUCUUGUGGGCUUGGCAAAGGCAGAGUUCUGUUCAGCUGACUGGUGUGGGUACCAAAAACAGAGAGUAGGGACUUCCUGGACCAGCUCAUGUGGCUCUCCUUAUGGACCUGCCUCUGGGAGGCUGUGUCCGCCUAUGUCCCCACUGCUCACAACUGUCUCUAUGAGUCCCCUUCAAAGAAGGCAUUUGAAACUGGGAAAGAGAUGCCCUCUGGUCAUCCACACCUGUCCCAACAAAGAUCAGUGCUGCUUCCCUGGGGCUUGUUAUGCAUCUGCCACUGGUAUGUGGAUGGAGGGCUUCUCAUAACCUUGAAAAUGUCAGACCUUAUUUUUUUUUUUAUAAAGCUGGAUUCCACCCCCCUUCCCCCAGUGGAGAAAACUCUGGUAUCACUGCUUCUUUUUAAUUUGUUCCAUGAAAAUUGUAAACUGGACCCAAGUCAGCCCUGUGUAUACAUCUACUGGCUACUGCAUUCCCUGCACUUGGGUUCUGGUGCCUCGGCUUAGUCUCCCUGUCAGCUGUGCACACAACUGAGGUCUUGCACAGAGGGAGCCAAGUGACCAAAGAUGGCUUAUGGCACAUCACCCUUGUGGUUAUCUUCCUUGCCAAGGUUUUUGGCACAAGGAUGUAUGUCCAUGUUGGUUCCCACCACUGGCUUUAGGUCACGGUCCCUGAUCUGUCAGAGAGUGUGAUUUUGCUUCUGAGCCUGUGAUGGAGAAACUUUUGUGGCAGAUGGCACUGGCUGUAUCUGUUCAGUUCUCUGUCACUGGACUCAUUAUAGUCACCUUGGCAGCUACUUACUGAGAUGUCCAUUUUUCCUUGUGGGUUCACUCAUCUACCACCUCCCUCCUAGCAUUUUAGAUGCCACUUUGCUUUCUGAUUGGAUGGGUACAUGCUAUUCCUCAGGCCUCCAAGACUGUGAUAAAAUGACAAGCUGGGAAGUGGUCUACCGCUGUCACAUUGUGUGUGAAACUCAGCUAACACUGUGCUCACCUGGGAAACUGAUAAAGGCAGAAACUGAGUUUUGGGCAGAUACUGAACUGCAGCCACACUUGGCCUUCUACUAAAGUCAUGCAUUGCAGUGGUGUUAGGUGGGAAUCCACUUGGGGGUAUUUGUUUUGCACUCAGCCUCAAGGGUGGCUCAGGACAAAGGCAAGAGACUGAUGGGAGUGGACACAACACAGUCCCACGUGACAGCCAUAGAAAUGGCAGAUGGGGUGCCUCUCCCUUGAAAUGAUUCUUCAUUUAAGUAAAAAUGGCUUCACCGACUGAGGGAUUAAACUCCAGAGCUCUAGAUUUUGGCUUAAAAACUGACUUCUACAUGGUGAUUUCAAAAGAUUACUGAUGCAAAGCAUGCUUCCUUUCAGAGAAAUCUCAGUGACACUGGGACUGAGUUAUAGCUUGGGCACAGGUACUGGACACUCUGCCCCUCCCUAGCUUCUCUGCUUUGGAGGACUAGAACUUUCUAGAAGUCUUGCAUUUAUAUCCCUUGAUGGUGUGGGGACCUAUGCAAUGGGACUCAUCUUUUCAAGAGUUUCCAUCUGAGGUAGUCCUCUAGUAAUAGGUUAGUAAGUUUUAAUACACUGAAAAACACCUCCCAGAAAGGUAUCAGAACUCCGUAUUACUUUUUCAGUCCUGUCACUUUUGUGGGCCCUGGUAAAACUGGUAGUUUGAGGCUUGUUUCAAUUUGACCUCCAACCCAUUAUUUGUCUCCCUCAGUUUUUAGAGCCUAGGUUAAGAACCACUGGAUCAGGCUGGCAGCUAUGCACUAAUGACGCCAAGAAGCUCCACUGUAGGUAGAGGUCAGCCCCUGGCCUCCUGUAGCAGGCAAGGCAUGCCAGCCUGAACUGCUGCCUCACUUUCUCCAGGAACCUCACUGCUUUAGUGGAACCAUCGGAUUUUAGAAAUUGUGAUUUUCAUAAUUUACAACAGCAGCUGAAGUCAUAUACAUUGUUCCCAGAUUGGAAAUGGACUGUGAUAGCAAAUCUGUUAUUUCCCAUCUGCCUUUUAAUUCCUUGUUUCAGAUCAGUUGCUGUAUUCAGAGUAUAGUAGAUUUCAACCCCACCCAAAUAACAAGUCCCAUUUCAAAAAUUCUAGGGAGGCCAGGAGAUUUCGCCUCAAGUGCCAGGGCUGUGGUUUUACAAUGCAGUUUGGAGGCAGAGAGCUUUCUGCUCCCUGGACAUCCUACAUGCACAUUGCCCAGCUGCUUGUGCUAAGUGCGUGCCCGAUGCCCCAACCCUAUGCUACAUUAGGGCCGGUGUCGUGUGCUGCUAUGUUGCCUUGUUGGUACAACUGGCAGCAUCAGCUCAACCAGUGGAGGAUGCGCCAGCAGGUAUGCCAGGUCUUCUGGAGGAACUGAGCUGCCACAGCAGCCAGCCAGGCAGGUAGGUCUCUCCCAAGCUUUUACCUUCUGCCUCUCUAGAAAGCUCACAAGAUGCCUUUCCUUGUACCUUGAAGCAUCCUAGCCAGCUUUCUGACCUUGUCCCAAACAGUGAUAGAAUUGGCAUCUUUAAAAGAGAUAACAGUAUUAUAUUAACAGGCUGCAAAAAGGAAAAAGCAUCAGAUUUUUUACUUCUGCCUGGAAAGUGAAACCACUCUGAGCUGAUAAGGUUGGGUACACUUAAGUUUUCCUGAAUCCAGUCCCCUGAACCUUUAAGGUUUGGUUAAAGCAUUGGGAAGGAGGUGGCAGGAGCUGAUGGGGUAUGGGGAUGGGAAAUGAGACAGCACACUAAUGGGACCCAGCUUCCUGGGAGGAACUGUUCAGCUCAAGAGGUCAUACACAGGGGUCCUGGAGAUGUGUGGCAGUCUAGCUAAGCAGGAGUCAGGCUACUGGAUAUAUGACUGCUUGGGCAGCAUAGCAGCUCCCAGAUUGGAUACAGAGAUGUGGAGACUGCCACAGCUGUCCCCACAUGCAGCAGAGGAAACACCAAUAAC